AGUGCUCGGCGUAAUAAAUGCGGUAGUUCAGAAUUAAUUACAUACCUCGUUGGGGUCCUAUUUAUAGUAGUUCUUAUUGGGCCGCAAUUAGGGACUGAGCCUCGAAAAAUUAGGGGUCUAAUCCUAUGCAUUAUGUUAAUUAAUCUCUCCGUAACCAUCUUGAUGAUGCCGACAUACUCGGCUGAUCUCGCCGACACGUUUCGCCCCUAUCUGGGGGUGGUCGGCGGGUUCGGGCACUCGGUAUAAGCAAAUGGUCUCGGGUAUUCGGACGAGUCGGCCACCAUACGGUAUAAAUAUAAAAUAAAAUAAUUAAGAUAUUUAAAUCUUACAUUAAUCGUAAUAAAAGAGUCUAAAACUAAAUGAAGGGCACUUUAUACUAAACCUUUAUUGCAUUUCCUAGCUCCAUCACCUAUAUAUAUUAUGCCAAGUGAAGGCGUGGAAAUGCAUUGGUGCAUUUACCCUCUGCCCCUUCUUAGUUUUCCCUACCAAAUAUUGCACAAACUACACUGGCUACUUAGAAAUCAAUUGCACUAAGAAAUCGUUCAUUACAUAAGUGCUAAUUGGCCAUAUAGCCAUUGGCAUAUUGCAAUUACCUUUUUAAGGCCAAGAAGAAAAAAAAUUUAAGAAUUGAACACCAAACCUGAAGGAGAAGCUAACAAGUUUAGAAAACAAAGUCUCAUGGCCAAAGAGACCAUUAUUUGUCAAUAUCCCAUCAAAUCACAAGUGCAGGGUGAGAAUUUAGAUCAUCAAAAUUCAAAGCUUGUAAUAUCAGAAACUGAUAAUGGAGAGGAGAGUAAUGGAGCACCUAAAGACACAUCUCCUGAGCUUCCAGGGUGGUAUGCUGAUGCUUCCUGGCCGGGAGAAGCACACAUAUAUAAAAUGGAAAAGAUCAUAUUUCAAGGGAAAUCAGAAUUCCAAGAGCUUCUUGUAUUUGAGUCAUCUAGACAUGGCAAGGUUGCAAUUCUGGAUGGAUAUAUCCAACUGACCGAGAAUGAUGAAUUUGCUUACCAAGAGAUGCUCACUCACCUUGCACUCUGUUCCAUUCUAAAUCCAAACAAGGUGCUGCUUGUUGGAGGGGGAGAUGGUGGAAUUCUUAGGGAAAUAUCACGCCAUUCUUCUGUUGAGCAUAUUGAUAUAUGUGAAAUAGACAAAAUGGUGAUUGAUGUUUAUAAGAAGUUUUUCCCAGAUAUAGCUGUUGGCUACGAGGAUCCCCGAGUGCAUGUUCAUAUCACCGACGGAAUUGCGUUCAUAAAUUCUGUUCCUGAGGGCACUUACGAUGUCAUUAUAUUGGAUGCUUUUCAACCAAUGGGACCUAUUGCGGAAGUUCUGGCGGAUAACUGCUUCUUAGAAUCUGUAGCAAAGGCUCUUCGACCUGGUGGAGUGUUGUCUGCUCCAGCAGACAGCUUGUGGCAUGAAAAUUUUGUCGUUGCAGAUACUAUAGCAAAUUGCAAGAAGAUAUUCAAAGGCUCAGUUAACUAUGCUUGGACCACAGUUCCUACAUAUGCAAGUGGGGUGAUUGGAUUCAUGCUUUGCUCCACGGAGGGGCCUCCAGUCAACUUCAAACACCCAAUAAAUCCACUGAAUCCAGAGCAAAAUGGAGUAGCAAAGGGACCUCCUAAGUUUUAUAACCCAGAGAUCCAUGCUGCUGCUUUCUGUUUGCCUUCUUUUGUGGACAAGGUUGUUGAUCCAACAAGAUAUUGAUAAAGAACUCACUAGUAGUAAUAUUAAGGAAUUGCUAUUAUCCUUUGUACUGUCUCGUUCUGCAUGUUUACGGGUGAAAGGUUGCACAUGCAAAACUAUUACAAGUUUAUUUAUAAAAAUGAGAAGUUGAUAACCUUCCAAG